AUGCUUAAGGUUUCUCAUGCUGGCACUCUGUUACAUUCAGAGGACAAUCAUAACCAUCCACCUCCUAAGUAUUUGAAGUUGAAGGAUGGGAGUGCCGAAGGUGAAAUUAAAGAAAUAACAAUGGCUACAGGAAAGAAGUACCAGGUUCUUAAAGGAUACACGUACGGUGCUGGAAAGGAAUUGAAGUUCUCAUUACGAUACAGAUGUACUAUGGGCUGUGGAGCGUACUUAUAUAUGACUUUUGAUAGAAAACUAGUAGAACCAGUACCUGUUCAUAAUCACCCACCACCUACUCUGUAUAUGCUUUCUAACGGCACUUAUAUAAGGACGAAA